UAUAAUUAAUGUCACUACUUUCUCAAGAAAGUCAGAGUGACAGAAUAUAGGCUCAACAGGUACUGGAAGAGCUUUGCUUUCUUGGUUUACUGAGGUUUUUCUUCUGUGAGGAAAAAUGGAUCUUUCAGUCACAAGCAAUCCUGGCAACUUCACCUCUGAAGCUCCACACCAGAAUAAUUCAAAUGCUUCUAAAUGCAACCUUCAACCAGAUAACUGGACCUACACUGUGAUUCCAGUUUAUAUUCUACUCAUUGCAGUGGUGGGAAUUGUCUUGAAUCUGUUUGUUUUGAUGGUUUUCUGCCUCCACAAGAAGGCUUGCAAUGUUCCUGAGGUCUACUUGAGCAACCUGGCUGCUGCAGAUCUUCUUCUGGUGUGUUGUUUGCCUUUCUGGGCUGUUAAUGUUUCCAAAAAGUUCAACUGGCCUUUCGGCUGGUUCCUGUGCAAAGUUGUCAAUGCGGGGAUUUCUUUGAAUGUCUACUGCAGCAUCUACUUCCUGGUUCUGGUUUGCAUAGACCGUUAUUUGGCUCUGGUGCACCCGCUGACCCGAGAGAGAAUCCGACGGACUUUUUAUGCCAAAGUAGGAUGUUUAUUAGUUUGGCUUCUGGGCUUCCUUCUCAGUGUUCCUGUACUCGUCUACAGAGAAGUCAAAAUAAAAAAAAAUGGCAAUCACACUUGCUAUCUUAAUUAUCCAAAUAUUCCUAUGAAUCUACUGUUUGAAAUACUGCUAUUCAUCUUCAGCUUUUUCAUCCCCAUUUCGAUUUUAUCCUUUUGCACUCUUAAAAUUAUCAAAGCUCUGAGAAACAGGUUAGCAGAAGGUGUAAAUGUUCAGAAAAUGGACAAUAAGGCCACCACUCUGGUCUUGGUAGUCCUCCUGGCGUUCCUGAUCUGCUGGGUGCCGUUUCAUCUGAUGAAGAUCCCGGAAAUGCUCAGACUAAUUAAAUUUCUGAAACAGUGUUACCUUCUCCAGCUCCACCACAUUUGCCAACAGAUCUUUACCUACUUUGCCUUCUUCAACAGUGUUCUCAACCCCAUUCUUUAUGUCAUUGUGGGAAAAAAUUUCCGGAAAAAAGUUAUGGAACUUUUCAAGCAGUGGAGACAUGACAGGACAUCAACCGUCAGCUUCAGCCACACCGCAAGCUCAUACUUUGCAAGAAAAAGUUAAAGCUCUGCGAGCAUGUUUUUUUUUUUUUUUUUUUUCCUGGAUACAUGGCAAAAUGUUUUUGCAUCAUGAAACACGAAAAAACAUAGGAAGUAUGUUUGAGUAAGUUUUAUUUAGCAUAUUGACCAUCACUUUUACACAUCAAGUCCCUGCUAAUUUAGUAUUUUGUACACUUCAUACAUUUCAAAUAAAUCCACUGGGGUGUCUGCAUCUUUCUCCACUGUAUAUUACGUACAUGACGUCUGUGUGGUUUUUGAUUACACAAAAUUAAGAUUUUGUAAAAGCUAUAAAGAAUAACUGUAAACUAUACAAAUGCUCAUUGACUGUAAAUGAUCUGAUGAACAGAACAGUUGGAAUCGUGGGUGUAGUCCUUAUGGAUCCAUUUUGUGUCUUUGUCAUCCUGUUCACAUCUACGUCAAUUAUACAGAGUGUGCUUCCAAGAAUCCACUCACCACUCACAGAAAUGCUUUCAGAUUUAACCAAAUGAUAAACAUUGCUACAUAAUUUAGCAGCACUAUCAUGUAUGAUUUAUGAUGCAGUUAUAAUGGAGUCAAAUUAUGGAAUUAAUGUAAAAACAAAAGAGAUGGAAGCAUACACUGUAUUUCUGUCACAACAUUCAAAUCAUGUACAUAUCCUUGUCUGCAAAUGUAUGUUUGAAUCUUUUGAUUGUCAUAACUCUGCUGAUAUUAACUUGUUGCAGGUUAGUGGUGAAUAUCUGUGCAAUAAUGUAACUUCUGCAUUUCUUGUUGUGCAUAAUUAUGGAAGCGUGGUUUAAAAAGGCUUUAUUUUUUGCUACAUAUAAAAUAA